CGGGGCGGAGCGGAGUAGUCCGCAGAGAAGCCCCUCCCGGCCGCGGCCGCCGACCCCGGCCCCCGGCCCCUGGCCCGGCCUGGCUCUAUGGACAGGAGCUCGCUGCUGCAGCUUAUCCAGGAGCAGCAGCUGGACCCUGAGAACACAGGCUUCAUCGGUGCGGACACCUUCACUGGCCUGGUGCACCGCCAUGAGCUGCCCCUGGACCCGGCCAAACUGGACAUGCUGGUGGCCCUGGCCCAGAGCAACGAGCGGGGCCAGGUCUGCUACCAGGAGCUGGUGGACCUGAUCAGCAGCAAGCGCUCAAGCAGCUUCAAGCGGGCCAUCGCCAAUGGACAGCGGGCACUGCCCCAGGAUGGGCUGCUGGACGAGCCAGGCCUGGGUGUCUACAAGCGGUUCGUGCGCUACGUGGCCUACGAGAUCCUGCCCCGAGAAGUGGACCGCCACUGGUACUUCUACCGGCACCGCAGCUGCCCACCCCCCGUGUUUAUGGCUUCGGUCACCCUCGCCCAGAUCAUCGUGUUCCUGUGCUACGGGGCCCGUCUCAACAAGUGGGUGCUGCAGACCUACCACCCUGAGUACAUGAAAAGCCCCCUCGUAUACCACCCCGGCCACCGUGCUCGGGCCUGGCGCUUUCUCACCUACAUGUUCAUGCAUGUUGGGCUGGAGCAGCUGGGGUUCAACGCACUCCUGCAGCUGAUGAUCGGGGUGCCCCUGGAGAUGGUGCAUGGCCUGCUCCGCAUCAGCCUGCUCUACCUGGCUGGUGUGCUGGCAGGCUCCCUGACCGUCUCCAUUACUGACAUGCGGGCCCCUGUGGUGGGGGGCUCCGGCGGGGUCUACGCCCUGUGCUCUGCACACCUGGCCAAUGUCGUCAUGAACUGGGCUGGGAUGAGAUGUCCCUACAAGCUGCUGAGGAUGGUGCUGGCCCUGGUGUGCAUGAGCUCCGAGGUGGGCCGGGCCGUGUGGCUGCGCUUCUCCCCGCCACUGCCUGCCUCGGGCCCACAGCCCAGCUUCAUGGCACACCUGGCGGGCGCAGUGGUUGGUGUCAGCAUGGGCCUGACCAUCCUGCGCAGCUAUGAGGCGCGCCUGCGAGACCAGUGUGGCUGGUGGGUGGUGCUGCUUGCCUAUGGCACCUUCCUGCUCUUCGCCAUCUUCUGGAACAUCUUUGCCUACGACCUGCUGGGUGCCCACAUUCCCCCGCCACCCUGACAAGAGUUCCCAGGGCCACACCAGCCAGGGCGCAGCAUCUGUGGGCCAGCCACUAGGCAGGCCUGCAUGUUCAUCCUCUGUGAAUGUAUGUCUUGAGGCUGCUUCUUCCUGGUGGGGGCAGGUGGCCCCUGUGGCCCACGGACUCCAGGCCAAGCCUUACACCAGCCCUGGCCGCCCCCUCCCAGGCCUGGAGGGAUAGGACUGCUGGACUGGGCUGAGUGGUGGAGGUCCCCAAGGGUGGCCCCAGAGGAGACCCUGCCCUGGCCUCUCCCAUGAGACUUGCAGUCUGAGCCUUUUUGGAGAAUGAAUAAAUA